AUGGAGGAUCCCAAGAAGAAGAAGCAAAGGCAACCUAGCCCGGAGAGAAAGGCUGCAGAGGAUCCCAAGAAGAAGAAGAAGCAAAGGCAAAGUAGCCCGGAGAGAAAGGCUACAGAGGAUCCCAAGAAGAAGAAGAAGCAAAGGCAAAGUAGCCCGGAGAGAAAGGCUGCAGAAUAUCCCAAGAAGAAGAAGAAGCAAAGGCAAAGUAGAAAGAUUGCAGAGGAUCCCAAGAAGAAGAAGAAGCAAAGACAAAGUAGCACGGAAAGAACGGCUGCAGAGGAUUCCAAGAAGAAGAAGAAGAAGCAAAGGCAAACUAGCCCGGAGAGAAAGGCUGCAGAGGAUCCCAAGAAGAAGAAGAAGCAAAGGCAAAAAAGAAAGGUUGCAGAGGAUCCCAAGAAGAAGAAGCAAAGGCAAAGUAGCCCGGAGAGAAAGGCUGCAGAAGAUCCCAAGAAGAAGAAGCAAAGGCAAAGUAGCGAGGAGAGAAAGGCUGCAGAGGAUCCCAAGAAAAAGAAGCAAAGGCAAAAUAGCCCGGAGAGAAAGGCUGCAAAUGAUCGCAAGAAGAAGAAGAAGAAGCAAAGGCAAAGUAGCCCGGAGAGAAAGGCUGCAGAGGAUCCCAAGAAGAAGAAGAAGCAAAGGCAAAGUAGCCCGGAGAGAAAGGCUGCAGAGGAUCCCAAGAAGAAGCAGCAAAGGCGAAGUAGCGAGGAGAGAAAGGCUGCAGAGGCUGCAGAGGAUCCCAAGAAGAAGAAGAAGAAGCAAAGGCAAAGUAGUUCGGAGAGAAAGGCUGCAGAGGAUCCCAAGAAGAAGAAGCAAAGGCAAAGUAGCCCGGAGAGAAAGGCUGCAGAGGAUCCCAAAAAGAAGAAGCAAAGGCAAAGUAUCCCGGAGAGAAAGGCUGCAGAAGAUCCCAAGAAGAAGAAGAAGCAAAGGCAAAGUAGUCCGGAGAGAAAGGCUGCAGAGGAUCCCACGAAGAAGAAGAAGAAGCAAAGCCAAAGUAGCCCGGAGAGAAAUGCUGCAGAGGAUCCCAAGAAGAAGAAGAAGGAAAAGAAGAAGAAGAAGCAAAGGCAAAGUAGCCCGGAGAGAAAGACUGCAGAAGAUCCCAAGAAGAAGAAAAAGCAAAGGCAAAGUAGUCCUGCAGAGGAUCCCAAGAAGAAGAAGAAGCAAAGGCAAAGUAGCCCGGAGAGAAAAGCUACAGAGGACCCCAAGAAGAACACGAAGAAGAAGCAAAGGCAAAAUAGCCCGGAGAGAAAAGCUACAGAGGACCCCAAGAAGAAGACGAAGAAGAAGCAAAGGCAAAAUAGCCCGGAGAGAAAGGCUGCAGAGGAUCCCAAGAAAAAGAAGAAGCAAAGGCAAAAUAGCCCGGAGAGAAAGGCUGCAGAGGAUCCCAAGAAGAAGAAGAAGCAAAGGCAAAGUAGUGGUAGCCCGGAGAGAAAGGCUGCAUUGGAUCCCAAGAAGAAGCAGCAAAGGCAAAAGAAACCGGAGAGAAAGGCUGCAGAGGAUCCCAAGAAGAAGAAGAAGCAAAGACAAAAUAGCCCGGAGAGAAAGGCUGCAGAGGAUCCCAAGAAGAAGAAGAAGAAGCAAAGGCAAAGUAACACGGAGAGAAAGGCUGCAGAGGAUCCCAAGAAGAAGAAGAAGAAGCAAAGCCAAAGUAGCCCGGAGAGAAAGGCUGCAGAGAGAAAGGCUAUAGAGGGUCCCAAGAAGAAGGAGCAAAGGCAAAGUAGCCCGGAGAGAAAAGCUGCAGAAGAUCCCAAGAAGAAGAAGAAGCAAAGGCAAAGUAGCCCGAAGAGAAAGGCUGCAGAGGAUCCCAAGAAGAAGAAGAAGCAAAGGAAACAAAGCCCGGAGAGAAAGGCUGCAGAGGAUCCCAAGAAGAAGAAGAAGCAAAGGCAAAGUAGCCCGGAGAGAAAGGUUGCAGAGGAUCCCAAAAAGAAGAAGAAGCAAAGGCAAAGUGGCCCGGAGAGAAAGGCUGCAGAGUGCAGAAGAUCGCAAGAAGAAGAAGAAGAAGCAAAGGCAAAGUAG